CUUCCCUCUGGUCCCAAUCACCACCUUUUCGUCGAACUUCACGCGAGCCACUUCCAGCACACUUGCACCACCACACAACCGGCAAGAUGAAGUUGAACAUUUCCUACCCUGCCAACGGCAGCCAGAAGCUCGUCGAAGUCGACGAUGAGCGCAAGCUCAACAUCUUCAUGGAGAAGCGCAUGGGUGCUGAGGUCCCCGGCGACUCCCUCGGUGAUGAGUGGAAGGGCUACAUCUUCCGCAUCACCGGCGGUAACGACAAGCAGGGUUUCCCCAUGAAGCAGGGUGUCAUGGCUCCCAACCGUGUCCGUCUCCUCCUCGCUGACGGCCACUCCUGCUACCGCCCCCGCCGCACCGGUGAGCGCAAGAGAAAGUCCGUCCGUGGUUGCAUCACCGGCAUGGAUCUCUCUGUUCUUGCUCUCUCCGUCGUCAAGCAGGGCGAGGCUGACAUCCCCGGCCUCACCGACGUCGUUCACCCCAAGCGUCUCGGCCCCAAGCGCGCUUCCAAGAUCCGCCGUUUCUUCGGCCUCACCAAGGAUGACGAUGUCCGCAAGUACGUCAUUCGCCGCGAGGUCCAGCCCAAGGGCGAGGACAAGAAGGCCUACACCAAGGCCCCCAAGAUCCAGAGACUCGUCACCCCCCAGCGUCUUCAGCACAAGCGUCACCGCCUUGCUCUUAAGCGCCGCCAGACCGAGAAGGUCAAGGAUGAGGCCAACGAGUACGCCCAGCUUCUCGCUAAGCGUGUCGCAGAGGCCAAGGCCGACAAGGCUGAUGCCCGCAAGCGCAGAGCCAGCUCCAUGCGCAAGUAAACAUGUUUUGUUUUGGCGUUUAAUCAACUUUCAUGAGAACGGAGGGCAAAAAGGCGGAAGACAAUGAGCAUACUGUUGCCUCUUGUAGUCCACAGGCAUUCUGAUCGGAUUUGUCUAGCCAGGGAAGUUUUUCUGAUAAUGGAAAAUUUCAUCCUGGGACGAAUGUAUUAGACAUAACGGAGUAAAAACAAUACAUUCAUGAUCUACUAAAUUACUUUGCUUCCCGCCCACGUAGAAAGUCUGUGACCAUCAACCUGUAAACUUCCUCUUGUAGUUCGUAGACUCGCAUAAGCACCCUUGCUGAUCAGUUGCUAAAGGAAGUCUUGAAGGCCUUAUGAACAAUAAUACAAGUCUAUUCAUGUUUAUGCAAAUUCAUCGAAGGAUCCAGCAUUGUAUAGCCAUGGUUCUUGGCUUGCUCUCCUUUCAUCCCAACCACGCCAUCGAGACCUGCACUUCUCAUAGGCAAAAGAGCCGAUACGAUGAAGGUUCGGCAAGUCCAAGUAACCAAAUCUAACGCUUUCCACCUUAAAAAAGGCAUAAUAAUAAAAGAAAAAUACAAAAAGCAAAACGAAAAAAAAAUUAACAGGUCCACCGAAAUCAAAAUUUCGUCAGUUUUACCAAUGUUUGUACAUUGUUUUUCCCUUCUUUGGUUUCAGUCGUCUUACGCAAAGCCGAAGUACUCGCUGCCUUGGGUAAUUGCUUUCAGCAGCUGGGCCCGGAGCACAUCAUAACUGUCGUACUCUGGGAGAUCGAGCUCUGUUCCUUCAUGUUAGUAUACUCAAACAACAGCCAACAUGGGUUGCAAUCCUAAGAUAAGAGACUUACGAUUAAAGCAAGUGUGUGAGGUUGGAAGACGGUCUUUGUUGCCUGGGUCACGGUGGAUAUUGAAGCGGUUCACACCAUUCAUUCCUUCGAGUUCCUUGAAUCCAUUUAGGGGAACUUUACUUGUGCCUGUGACAAACUGGAGCAGUUUGGCGAGUUCUUCCUUGUCGAAUGAUCGAAUUGCUCGCCAGAACCACUGGAUCUGAGGGGAUGAUUGAGUGUACCCAUGGUACUCUGUAUUGCCUCUCCAAUCGUCCAUAUCGAUGUCGGGAAGGCCAGAGAUGAGCAGCUCAAGUUCUUGUUCAUUAAAGAUCGAAAUGACUUCCGAAGGAAUAAUUUCAUGGAAGCCU